AUGCGCGCAUUUGUCGUCAAAGAGUAUGCCCACCCGUCCCAGAUAAAACUCGCAAAUGAUGCACCGGACCCCACGCCUAAAGCCGGCGAGGUUCUGGUUGACGUCCACGCCGCGGGUCUCAACUUCUUUGAUAUCCUACAAACGCAAGGAAAGUACCAGAAUAAGCCACCAUUCCCCUUCGUACUUGGCUCCGAAUUCGCCGGUACUGUCUCGCGCGACGCGAUUCUCCCACCUGGAUGCCCGUUUGCGCCGGGAGCGCGUGUCUUCGGAAGCGCGCAAGGCGCGUUUGGCGAGCGCGUAGCGGCGAAGGUGGAGAACUUGUUACCGAUGCCGGAUAACCUGUCGUACGAGCAAGCUUCAGGACUAUUUGUCACGUACCCAACUAGCCACGAAGCGCUGGUAGGAAGGGCGAAGGUCCAACCUGGUGAAUGGGUGCUCGUGCUCGCAGCAGCGGGUGGCGUAGGUAUCGCAGCAGUGCAGAUUGCCAAAGCUCUCGGCGCCAAAGUUAUCGGGGCUUGCUCUCCGGGCAAAAUCGAUGUUGUCAAGAAGUUUGGGAGCGCGGACUUUGUAGUUGAUUAUACGAAGGAGGGGUGGCAGAAGGAGGUUCUGAGCCUUACAAAGGGCAAGGGUGUGGAUGUCGUGUACGACCCCGUUGGGAAGAUCAAGGACUCCCUCAAAUGCAUCGCAUGGAGUGGACGAGCUCUUGUUGUUGGCUUUGCCGGUGGCGAGAUUGAGAAGUUACCCACAAACCUCGUUCUUCUCAAGAAUGUGGCCAUUCUUGGUGUCCACUGGGGAUCAUAUAUCCAGAAGGACCCUCGACAGGUGAAGCACGUAUGGACGGACCUCCUCAAGAUGAUUUCGGAGAACCGCCUGAGCCCUGUUGUAUACGAGAAGGUCUAUACGCUUGAUACACUUGUUGAGGGACUAGACGACCUGGAGAAGCGUAGGACCUGGGGCAAGGCCAUUGCGCGCGUCCGCAGCGACUCGCACGUCAAGACGAAGCUGUAA